UCGAAAGAACCUUAGAAAUCUUGAAAGGAGUUAGGGUUUAUGAGUGAUAUGACACAACUACUAAUCUUGUAACAACUGAUAAUCUUGUAACAACUGACGUUUCAAGCGAUCGCAACUCGCAAUCGGCACACCACCGAAACAAGGAUUUUGAAAGAAAAGCAAUGACAAGUGCAAUUGGUAGCAGAGUUGAAUCUUUUCGAAACUCUCCUUUACUAAGGUCUUCUCUCAACUUCUUCCGAGCCUUUAGCUCUGAUUCCUCUUCUACUUCUUCUUCUGCUGUUUCCUCUGCUCAGAACCCUAAGAAAUCGAAGCGAAGGAAGAAGAAGAACUUGUUUGAAGUGGCUCAGUUCUUACCUAACUGGGGAAUUGGCUACCACAUGGCCAAAUCUCACUGGAAUGAAGUUUCUUACGAAAUCACUAAACUCAAUCUCUACAAGGAUGGAAGACAUGGAAAAGCAUGGGGGAUUGCUUAUAAAAGUGGUUUGCCAUUAGCAGAUGCUCCAAAAAAAAUUAGUGGAGUUCACAAACGCUGUUGGAAGUACCUACCAAAUGUAGUAAAAGCAUCAGAAAGCUCAACAAACUCAACGAGUCCAACAGAUACUGGUUUGAAAGGUGAAACUGAAGCAAGUUGAUGUUUUCUAGUGACUUUGUUUAGGUCUUCAACAUUAGCCCAUGUCUUUUCAAUUGGCCUAGUUGUUUUCGACCAUGCUAGAUUUUUUAGUCAAUCUUUCAAAGUUCCUUAAGCAUUCAUGCAAGGUGCUUAAUUAUUAAGUUUAUGUUUGUAAUCAAAUGAACUCUUUCUACUAUGAAACGUGCUUUGAGGGAGUAAUCUGGCUGGAUUUGGCUGUUACUAUGUGUUUCUCUUUAAGCUAUUAUAAUCCAUUCAGGUUAGUUAUUAA